AUGGCUUUGCUAACUUCACACAACUCACCAGGUUGUACCUCUCAAACAACAGACCUCUCAAACAAUGGGUUUAAUGGUCAAAUUCCAUCCUCUCUUGGAAAUCUUAAAAAGCUAUACUUCCUUAUACUUUCUUCCAAUAAUUUUUCUGGUAAAAUUUCAGAUGAUUUGUUUAAGGUCACACAUCUCGAGUGGUUGGACCUCUCAAACAAUAGACUAAAAGGCUUCCCUUAUCAAAUAAAUAAGCUUUCAGGUUUAAACGCACUUUCAUUAUCUAAUAAUCAACUGAUAGGAUGCAUCCCAUCACAAAUCAGUAGGCUUUCAGGUUUAAACUCUCUCGACUUAUCUUAUAACUUGCUCAGUGGAACAAUUCCAUCUUCUUUGUUUUCUAUGCCUUCUUUGCAGGCUCUUCUUCUUCACAAUAACCUAUUGUAUGGCCACAUAAGUCCGUUUCUUUAUAAUUCAUUACAAUAUAUCGAUUUCAGUCAUAACAGGUUGUAUGGCCAGAUUCCACCUUCAGUUUUCAAGCUUGAGAAUUUGAGAACUCUUAUGCUUUCCUCCAAUGAUAAACUAACUCGGAGCAUCUCCUCUGUCAUUUGCAAGCUGAAGUUCUUAGAGAUUUUAGACUUGUCCAACAAUGGCUUUAGUGGAUUCAUCCCACAGUGCUUGGGAAACUUCAGUGAUGGACUCUUCGUGUUGCAUCUUGGUGUCAACAAUCUCCAAGGCAAUGUCCCUUCAAUCUAUUCAGAGGGGAACAAUUUGAGAUAUCUCAACAUCAAUGGCAACAAAUUGAAAGGGUUGAUACCACCAUCCAUCAUCAAUUGUGUGAAUUUAGAAUUUCUGGACCUUGGUAACAACAUGAUUGAUGAUACAUUCCUUUCCUUUUUAGAAAUGCUUCCAGAGUUGGAGGCUGUUAUUCUAAGGUCAAAUAAACUCCAUAGUUUUUUUAAGGUCCAACUAUCAAGUACUUUUUCUUCUAAAUUACAUAUUUUUUACCUCUCCAACAACAGCUUGAGUGGUACUUUGCCAACAAAGAUAAUUAAUACUCAAUUGCUCAAAACAUAA